UCGGCACGCCGGGAGCCUCAGGGAAGAGUUGAUUAUGGAAGAUUCCCACAAAAAUAGCACCUCAGAGACUGCAUCUCAGCCUGGUUCAACUGUUCAGGGAUCUCAUAUUUCUCAUAUUACUCAACAGGCAUCAUCUUUAUCAGAAAGCGAGGAAUCUCAGGACUCGUCAGACAGUAUAGGCUCUUCACAGAAAGCCCACGGGAUCCUAGCACGACGUCCGUCUUAUAGAAAAAUUUUGAAAGACCUAUCUUCUGAAGAUACCCGGGGCAGAAAAGGAGACGGAGAAAACCCUGGAGUUUCUGCUCUCACUUCUAUGUCUGUUCCAACUCCCAUCUAUCAGACUAGCACUGGACAGUACAUUGCCAUUGCCCCAAAUGGAGCCUUACAGCUGGCCAGUCCAAGCACAGAUGGCAUGGCUUUAACCAUGACAAAUUCAAGCAGUACUCAGCAAGGUCCAACAAUUCUCCAGUAUGCACAGACCUCUGAUGGACAGCAAAUACUUGUGCCCAGCAACCAGGUGGUUGUACAGACUGCAUCAGGAGAUAUGCAGACGUAUCAGAUCCGUACCACACCUUCAAGUACUUCACUGCCACAGACUGUAGUGAUGACAUCUCCUGUGACUCUUGCCUCUCAGACAACUAAGACAGAUGACCCUCAAUUGAAAAGAGAAAUAAGGUUGAUGAAAAACAGGGAAGCUGCUCGAGAAUGUCGCAGAAAGAAGAAGGAAUAUGUGAAAUGCCUGGAAAAUAGAGUUGCUGUUCUGGAAAAUCAAAAUAAAACUCUAAUAGAAGAGUUAAAAACUUUGAAGGAUCUUUAUUCCCAUAAAAGUGUUUGAUUCUUAGAAAAUAUUUUCACGGACUUACCUAAAAAUUAGAUGAAUUUUCUUUAUUUUUCGUGGAGUUUUAUAAUUAAAAGGUCAAAAAUGAAGCUUUUAUAGGCUUUUGCAACUCAAGGAUAUCUUACACAAGAAAUUUAAAGACACAGGAUAAAGUGUUAAAUGACCUCAAAGAAUAAGUGAUACAUCUGGAACCAGCAAAAUGUAAAUUUAUUCAAGAAGCAGAAAAUGAAUUUUUAGCAAUUUGAAUUUUCUAGAUACCAGCAGUGGUCAAUAACUCACCUUUGGCAGAUAAGAUGAAAUUUGGUACAUUGAAGUUUUUAAAAAUCAUUUUACUCUGUAGGUUUGCAUUUCUUUUUCCUAAAAUUUUCCCCUUUUAAUUGUGUU